AUGUUUAAAUCCAGGUAUUUGCGCAAAGUGCGCAAAGAAAGAUAUGAACAGUCUGAUGUAUUUGAAGAUCAAGGAGAAGCGGGGUCUGAAGAAUCUUUCUUCAGUGGCAACAUGAUGCCUGGCUUAGAGAGCCUGCAGGAGCUGAACCACCGUUUUACCUGCUACAUCAACAGAGCCCGAGUGCUGGAGCAGCGCAAUGCGCUUUUCCGCAAGCAGCUGGAGACGCUGCAGCACAUGGAAGAGGCUGCUGGGCUCGAGGAGAUCUUCAGUGAGCAAAUCAGCAGCAACCAAGAGAGUAUCCGUGAACUUCAGUCUGAGCGUGCCAAGCUGGAGAGAGAGCUUAAGGAUGCCGAGCGCAUGCUGGAACAAUUUAGUGACAGAUACAGAAAUGAAUGUGAAUAUCAAGACCAACUACGAAGUACUCUGGAGCAGCUCAAUAAGGAGGCAGACACUGCACUUCUGAGGAACCUGGAGUAUCAGAUCGAGUCACAGUUCCUGCAGGAUAAUAUAAAGGCCACAAAGGAGAGACAUAAAAAGAAUCUUGCUGAGAUACAGACGUACUUGAACAUCCUUCACCAGAUCAAUCAGACUGUUGUCUUAAUGUCCAGUCUGUCACUGGGGAUCUCAGAGGAUCAGGAGAAGCUGAUAAGUCAGAGGAGAGUUCCUGCUUUGAUCUCUCAGUUAGAGGAUUAUAAGAGUGCUCUCUGUCAGCUGCAAGCACAAAAGCACAAGCUGCAGUCUGAGACAUCAGCACUGGAGCAGGCCAUCAGGACAACUCAGGAGAGCUAUGAUGAAGAAAUCCAACUGUACAAUGAUCAAAUUGAAUCCCUCAGGAAAGCGAUUGAGGAGGCUGAGCACUUGCUGGAGAAAUACACCAAUGAGUACAGACAGCUGGCAAUGUACCAAACCUCAUUGGAGAACGAGCUAGAGAGAUACAAGAGGAUCAUUGAGAAUGAAGACAGCAGAUUGAAUUCAGCUAUAAUUGGAAGCCCCAUUAGUCUGUUCACCACCAAUUACAGAUCACACACUCACAGCCCCACCAUGACCAGACAAGGGAAAGAUAUAACUCAAGCCUUCCAGGACAUUGCCAGUGUCAAGCCCCGUCAGAAGAAUCAGGCUAAAAAGGUGAUCAAAAAGAAGGAGGUCUCAUCUAAAGACGUGACAGAAAACAUGCAAGAGGAAAUAGAAAAAGAAGCAGUUGACCCUGUUGAGGUUGAAGGAGGAGUGAAACAAUCUGCUCUAUUGAAUGUUGCGGCACCGAACGAUGUGCCUGAUGGUGCCCAGAUCAGCAAGGCUUUCGACACGCUCUGCAACAUUGUGCGCAACCGCAUGCGAAGAUACAGGCAGCCUGAACCCAUCACUGAUUUCUAUACUAAAGGCCGUUAUGUCCUGGUGACAGGUGAGUCCAGCUACCUGGACCCCUGCUUCAACAGCACAAUACCCUCUGCUGGCCACAUCAUCGUAACCAUUUGUGACGACGACAUGUCCUCUUUGGAACCCUGUAAACCUAAAACUCCUUCUCCACCACCAAGUCCCCCACCUAGUGCUACCAGUUUCCCAGUAAUUCCUCCCAGUCCCCCUGAUGACAACCACACUCAAAGGAGAGAUGACGCAUCAAGUGGGAAGGAAGACGGUGACAACAAAGGAAAUACCCCUACUCCACAGCGUGGCAAGGAAAAGAGCAAAAAAGACAAACGUGGGCAACCUGGACCUCCACCGCUAACCUCAAGCUCCAGUUGUACUCCAGAUUCCAUGAGCUACGAGAAGGUUGAAGUGGUGGUGUCAGUGGAAAAGCUUUCACCCGAUCUUAAAGUGAAGGAGUAUGAGGAAACGGCCACGGUAGUGGAGACAAUGAUUGAAAAGACAACCAAAAAGAAGCAUGGGGACCGGGCUACAUGA